CCCAGUGACUUGACCCCAGAGGAGUGCCAGGAGCUGGAGAACAUACGCCGCCGCAAGCAGGAGCUGCUGGCUGACAUACAGCGGCUGAAAGAUGAGAUAGCAGAAGUGACGAACGAGAUCGAGAACCUGGGGUCCACGGAGGAGAGGAAGAAUAUGCAGAGGAACAAGCAGGUGGCCAUGGGCAGGAAGAAGUUCAACAUGGAUCCCAAGAAGGGCAUCCAGUUCCUGAUCGAAAACGACCUGCUGAAGAACACGUGUGAGGAUAUCGCUCAGUUCCUUUACAAGGGAGAGGGCCUCAACAAGACAGCCAUCGGUGACUACCUGGGCGAGAGGGACGAGUUCAACAUCCAAGUCCUGCAUGCCUUCGUGGAGCUGCAUGAGUUCACUGACCUCAACCUCGUGCAGGCUUUGCGGCAGUUCCUGUGGAGCUUCCGGCUGCCCGGGGAGGCGCAGAAGAUCGACCGGAUGAUGGAGGCCUUUGCCCAGCGGUACUGCCAGUGCAACCCUGGCGUCUUCCAGUCCACAGACACCUGCUACGUGCUCUCCUUCGCUAUCAUCAUGCUGAACACCAGCCUGCACAACCCCAACGUCAAGGACAAACCCACAGCGGAGCGCUUCAUCGCCAUGAACCGUGGCAUCAACGAUGGGGGGGACCUACCCGAGGAGCUGCUCCGGAAUCUCUAUGAGAGCAUCAAGAACGAACCCUUCAAAAUCCCUGAGGAUGAUGGCAAUGACCUCACCCACACCUUCUUCAACCCUGACCGGGAGGGCUGGCUCCUGAAGCUAGGAGGCAGGGUGAAGACGUGGAAGCGACGUUGGUUCAUCCUGACCGACAACUGCCUUUACUACUUCGAGUACACGACGGAUAAAGAGCCCCGUGGCAUCAUCCCCCUGGAGAACCUGAGCAUCCGCGAGGUGGAGGACUCGAAGAAGCCCAACUGCUUUGAGCUGUACAUCCCUGACAACAAGGACCAGGUGAUCAAGGCCUGCAAGACGGAGGCGGAUGGGCGGGUGGUGGAGGGGAACCACACGGUGUACCGCAUCUCCGCCCCCACGCCUGAGGAGAAGGAGGAGUGGAUCAAGUGCAUCAAGGCAGCAAUCAGCCGGGACCCUUUCUACGAGAUGCUGGCUGCCAGGAAGAAGAAGGUGUCCUCCACCAAAAGACACUAGCAGCCUCCACUGGCCCUGCGAGGCUGGCAUGCCCCUGGCAGCCUGAGCGUCUCCCCUCCCCAGAGGGCUGCAGGGCUGGGGCCACGCUGCAGCCUGAUCCUCGGGGCCCAGGACCUAGCUUCAGCUUCGCAGUUUCUUUACCAUGGGGCGAGGAAGGGGGCACAGGCGUCUUGGUGGCUCCGCGCCCGCCCCAGCCCCCAUCACUGCCUCAUCUCCAGGACAGCAUCUUCACAGGCUGGAGCUGGGACAGCAACACCCCUGCACGCAGGGAGCCCCGUCCUGUCCCAGGCUCAGCUGCAGGAGGGGGAGUGCUGUGUGCGAGUACCGUCCUCCCCUUCUGCCUCAGCCAGCCAGGGCUGGGCAGUGGGGCGCCAUGGACGCCCUCCCUGCUCCCGAUCCCCCCA